AUGAUGAAGAUAAAAACUACUUUUUUAUAUCUAUCUAUUCAUCUUUUCAUCAGAAAUUAAUAAAAUAUUAAGAUAUAUUUCUUGAUUUUAAAUCACUUUCUGAACAAAUAUUUGUUAAUUAAAAUUUAUUAGAAUUAAAUUUGUUUUGUAUUAAUAAUAUUUUCCUUGUUGAAAAAAAUGAUAACUAGUCAAAACUAAAGUCAAAGAGAACCAACACUUACUGAAUAAAACAUACUCCCUGGUAGACUCAAACCAUAAUCAGCCCUCUGCUUUGAUAGCAAUCGGAAUGUUCUCUAAUUCAUUGAGGGAUAAAAUGUAUUUGAUCCUACUUAGAAAGUUUGUAUUCCUCUUUUGUUAAGAUAAUCUGAAUAAAAAUCUGAUAUUUGCGUCCUCUACUUUCAUGGAAAUGGAGAAUACAUAGAUAACUAUAUUGGUUUUAUGGAAGAUUUAUCUGCAGAAAAUUAAAAAACUAAUUUUGUUGUAAUGGAAUAUUCUGGAUAUGGUCUUUAUUGUGAUUAAAUCAUUUCAUCUAAAUAAAUAUUAGCGGACUCUUUAGUAGCAUUUGAUUAUAUUGUAUCUGAGUUGAAAUUUGAUCCUAAUAAUAUAAUAGUAUUAGGACGUUCUAUCGGCAGUGGUCCAGCGAGUUACUUAGCUUCUAAAAGAAAAUGUAGGUUAGUUUGUCUUGUGAGCCCUUUUUGGAGUAUUAAAGAUUGGCUAAAAGAUUUGGAAUAAUCUGAUUAAUUUGAAGACUGCUUUAAUAACUUAAACUGUGUUAAAAAUUUUCAAAGCCCUUGCUUACUUAUUCAUGGCAAAAAAGAUACUCUGAUUCCAAUAUCUCAUUCUAUUAAAUUAGAGGAAGAGCUAAAAUCUCUUAACAAGCAUCACAAAGUUGUUUAUAAAGAUAAUUGGACUCAUAAUUUAAUAAGCUUUGAUGAAAUAUUUACAAUUUUACUUAACUAUUCAAAUGAGAUAUUAAAGCCAUGA